GCUAUUUACAAAAAUAAUUUAUAUUUACAAACUAUAAGACUUGUAUGUGUUUUUCUAUAAUAUGCUUAUGACCUAAGAUUCAAUGGAGGAAAGCCCGGAAACUCUCGAUUUAUCGAAUAAAAAGCUCAAAAAACUUAAUAAACCUAACCCCAAUGAAUGUCAUGUAACUUCAAUAAUUUUGGAUGAUAAUGAAUUGCAAAGAUUGGAUAAUAUCGAUUCCUUUUACAAGCUGCAAAAGCUUUCGGCUGUAAGAAAUCAGCUAUUGCGAAUGUAUGGAGUCUGUAGAUUACAUUCUUUGAAUACGUUAAAUUUAGCAAAUAAUGGAAUUUUGACUAUUGAGGGGUUAAAGGACUUGAUUUGUUUGAAGUGGUUAUGUUUGUCGGGGAAUAGCAUUAAGACCAUUGAGCAUUUACAUACUAAUACAAACUUGGAAUACUUAGAUUUAUCGGAAAAUAGUAUUUCUUUUGUUGGGGAUUUGUCAUACUUAAAAAAUCUCAAGGAAUUGUAUCUUCAUAAAAACAAAAUUAACCAUUUAAGUCAGUGUGAUCGUUUUCUGCCCAUCUCAUUAACCACACUAACACUUUCUAACAAUAAUAUAUCCGAUUUGAACGAAAUUUCACGAUUGGUGAAUUUGAUACAUCUAACGAAAAUUUCUAUUGCUAACAAUCCUUGUGUUAACAUGACAGGAAGCAAUGUCUUGAGAGCUGAAUGGCUGUAUUCCCAAGGCAGAGGCAGACACUAUAGGGUGGGAGACCAAUCAGAGUUGACUCAAUAUUUGGCGUCGGUUUGUCCUCUCGGGGGGGAGGCCUUGGAAACCGAGGACGACAGAAAAUUGAGGUUAAUUUUGAGCAAGGCUCAGCACCAUCAGCAGCAGCUCAAGGAACAAGGGGAUACGCCUGCCCCUUCUCCAGUGACAAGGAAAAAAUUACAGGCCAGUAAGAAUUCCCCCAGGCUCAAUUCUUCAAGACUGAGUAACAAGCUGAAGUCUCCGGACAGGAUGUCGUCUAGUUGCUAUGGCGGAAACAGCGACUACGAUAAAUCCAACAUUAUGUCGCUAAGUUUGGAUUCCACCAUGCUGAGACAGAAUUUGAACAAGUCCGCUAACGAUACCAACAAUUAUAUUAUUUCGGAAAAAUAUUUAGAAUGCGAACCGGUAAACAGCCCGUUGCAGGCGCUGUCGAAAAUGGUGCCGGUACCGGAAUCGCUCAUGUCGCCGGACUUCCGGCCCGGCAACUUGAUCGGCGCGAACGCCCACUGCGCAUCGAGGACGGCCGCGUCCACCAUACCGACGCCGGCCGGCAACAAAACGGCGCAGGCGCACCAGCAGCAACCGAGGACGGCGACGCCGGUCUCUCUCCGCUCGCCGAAGCCGAAUCGGCCGACGCCGGGCCGAAUGCGGCCGCAGCAGCUGGGCAGCGAGGCGAGGAAAUCGGGCGGGGGGUCCCCCAGUCCCGCCAGGCAGAGGAAGUUCGGCAACAACGGGAACGUGAGGCAAGAGACGCCUAAGAAAACGAUCCUGCGUAAAUCCCCGAGCAGCGACGAGGAAUCGGAGAUGUGCGACUCGAAGUUGCAAACCAUCCAUCUGAAAGCCGAGGAGCGGCGGAAAGAAAAAGACGCCGAACUGUCUAGCAACUGCAGCAACGAGGACAAGGUCGAGCAGGCCGUGGUUUUCAUACAGAAAAUGUGGAGGGGUUACUACACGAGGAACAAGAACAAGGAGAUCCAGGAGAUGUUCAGGACGUUGCAAAAUCAGAGGGCUAACCAGUAUAUUCAAAAACUGGCGUCGGACAUGGAGAACACGAAGGCGGCGCUGGAAAGCGAGCGCAAGAUCCAGAUGCUGCAGACGGAGGCGAUCAGCGCCCUCUGGAAGAAGAUCUCGGCGAUCCAGCCGGGCGCGCCCGAGCCCGCCGCCAUGCCCGCCGCCGUCAGCAUGACGAACCUGUCGUCGUUCGGCAGCAACGCGGAGGUGGUCAAGGAGCUGGCACAGACGUGCACGAUGCUGCAGGGCCAGAUACAGCAGCUGCAGUGCUCGAUGCAGGACAUCGUCAAGGUGAUGACGGCCUUCAGCCAGAGCGCCGCGGCCAAUCAGCUUGCAGCUAGCAAGGAGAACGGCAUCGCCACUCAGACGGAGAUCGUCGCCGUGCACACGCCGCAGGGCGAUGCCGGUAAGCAUUUUCCGUUUCAAAAGCAAACGCGGCCGUCGUCGCUCCCUCUGCCGGUGAGCGCCAGAAAAAAGGACGGCUCGACCUCGUCGAGUAACGGAGCGAACGCGUCUCUCAACUCCGAACUCAAAACUUACGCGGGAAAUCUGGUCGACGGCGUCAUCAGAACGGUUUCGGAAAACAAAGAAGCGACCCUAGCUGCGGCUGCGGCUGCCUCGGAAAAUACCGAAAAGUCCCGAGACGACGACGAGUAAUUAAGUUAAGUACAAAUUUUUCUGUCUGUGUUACUAGUUUUACUUUUGUUUCGGACUCGUUUAAAUUUUUAGCUUAAGAGUAAUUUAUUUCUUGUUUUUAAUUUAAGUUUUACCACAUUAGUCCCAAAAGGCAUCUUUUAGAAUUCACCUUGUUAUAUUAAUAUUUUGCAAUAAAAUGAAUGGUUUACACUGAUCUUAGUUUCCUUUGUUUUUUAGAACAUAGCGACGUGGUUUUAUUAGUUAAAAUAGAUACAUAAGCUUAUUUCUUAAUCUACAAUUUUUCCUCAUGUUUAUAUAAUAUACAGGGUGUUUAUACUGGGGUGUAUUAAAAAGCGAUAAAAAAUUAUCUCAAAAAUAAAAAUAAAGUAAUACAUAUUACACCCAGGUGCACCCUGCAUAAACUCAACCAAAGAUGAUCAUUAUUGUAACUAAAGACUUUUCACAUUUGUAUUCUUAUUAAUAAACCCAAACAAUAUUUUUGUUAUUAAUAAACAUACUUUUUUGGGCCCAUUAAUAGGAAUAACUUUUAAACAAAUAUAUCCUCUCUUAUAUUAUUAAAGUUAAAGUACGUCAAAUCAGGUCUAUUUUGUACGAAUUUCCACAAAAUAAUAAAUAUAUUCACUUACCUAUUUUACAGAUAACUCACCACAAUAUUGUGUAAAAUAUAAUUACGAAUUCUUUAAAAAUAAUCUUUUAUAUAUUUAUAUUUUUUAUUGUUGGCUUUAAUGAACACUGGCACUGGAAAUGAUUUUAAACGAAAAAAGUAUUGCAAUGUUGUGAAGCUUUAAUAAUAAAUGUUGGAAGCUA